AGCGAGCGCCUUCCUAGCUCAUUUCCCAGAAAUCAGCUGACCGGCCCCCCUCCUUAGCUCCACCUUUCCUGCGGCUCUUGGUUACUCAGAGCACAACAGACACACGAGACGCUGGUGGCGCGAGGUGCCGCGGUCCCGCUGUGGGUACCAGGAUUAGAGCAGACUCAUCGCUGAUCUCGCUCCUGGACAGCAGACCAUGGGUACACGUAUAGUCGCCGUUGCAAUUGUCACUCUGCUCGUCGUUGGAUGUACAAUUGGAGGAGCAGCAGCAAAGGACCACAGCUCUGAGGAGAAUAAUGGAAGUGUCAUUGGAGCUGUCAUUGGAGCCACAGUGGGAGCAGGAUUGGCACUGGUUGGCCUCCCGGUGUGCCUCGGCGCGCUGGGGUUCACCGGGGCCGGCAUCGCCGCGGGCUCCAUCGCUGCCAAGAUGAUGUCGGCAGCUGCCAUCGCCAACGGCGGCGGAGUGGCUGCUGGCAGCACUGUGGCUGUGCUGCAGUCCAUCGGAGCUGCAGGUCUUUCUGCUGGUGCCAAAGUUGGGCUGACAGCUGCCCUGGGCUCAGCUGGUGCAGCAAGCAGUGACUGGAUCACUGAGUGAAAGAAACCUCCAAGUGACGAACCUAAAAUGGAUAAAAAUCCAAGUGACAAACCCAAAGGAAAGUAACUCAAGUGACAAACCUGUGGAGGAGACAACUCCAGACGAGCAAACCAAGAGAAGCAAAGCAGGUUCCUGAUCCCAAGGCCUUGCCUGCUCAAUGCAGAUGCUGGGAAACCCCUACAGACCCCUCAGGGCUCUGCCUCCCCUUUUAAAAGCUUGGGAUUCUUGUGAGCAGCCAUUGCCCUGAAGCCAAUAAAUGUGCUGUGCUUGCAGCAGA